GGGCUCUUGGGGGCAGCGGGAGACCCUGAGGGGAGCGGGGCCCCUGCGGGGAGCGGGAUUCUAUGAAGCGCUGAGGAGAGAGGGGCCCCAGGGGGGAGCGGGACACUCUGAGGGGAUCCGGACCCCCCUCAAGUGCUGAGGGCGUUGGGGUCACCUGAAGCGCUGAGGGCAGCGAGACCCUGUGAGGGGAGCGGGACCCCCUUGAGUGCCGAGGGCAGCGGGAGCUGAGGGGCGAAGGACUCUCCAGCAAUGCUGAGGGCACCGAGCUCCCUUGAGGGCAUGGGGGUCCCCCCGAAGUGCUGGCGAGGUCGGGUCCCCAGAGGAGCCUGGGGAGAGGUCGGCAGCCCCUGAGGAGGGAGCUGUGCCGGGGGGUCCCACAGCAGCGUCCAGCCUGGUCCUGCCUGUGGAGCUCCCUCGGCACAGCCGAGCCCAGCCCGCAGCUGUGCCGUGCCCGGGGCCAAGGAAAUGCCAUUAAAUCGUAGUGGUUUCACCUGAAUAAUCCCUUAGGGGUAGAUGGAGAGCGUUAAGGUCAAGGAUCCAUAACAAUGUGGCGUUUUCUUACCUAUAUCUCAUCCUGACAACAAAUUGUUUGUGGAGCUGGGGAUUGAAGAGAAAAAAAAAACCAACCCGAACUUGCAGCUGUAGGCUGAGCAAUAAUUAAAGUGCUCAGGCAGGUUCUAGUCUUCAUGCAGCAAAAUGAAGUCUUGUUAUUCGGGUUGAAGUUAAGUAUAGCAUGAGCUGUCCUUAUUUAAAAAAAAAAAAAGUGCUCUUCCAAUAACUUAAAAUGUGGGUUCCUAAAGUGCAGAGACCUAAGGACUUAUGGAAAGGAUAACUUUGCUCAGUUUUUAAUAUCUGUUGGUAGACCUGAUAUAUGUUUUGACGGUAAUUAAAGCCAGUUUGCUCAAGGGACUGUGUUACUUUUUAAAUAAAAUUAUAGAAUGUAGCAUUUAAAAUGUUGAGCAACAUAGUUAUAAAGUGUUUUGUUUACAGGCUGACAAAAAAAAAAAAGGGAAAAAAAUUACUGAUUGCUGCAGUUUGAGUGCAUAACUUUUUUAAUAUUGCUGGUAGAAUGACACUUCUGGAUUUGCCCCUUUCUGUGGUGCUGCUGGUGUGAAAGAUGAGGCUGCACGAGAGCCGGACAAAACCCUUCCAGGCUCCUGCCACUGUGCACACCUUCCCGGGCAGGCAGGUGUUCGUGUUCCCCAAUGGCCGCUCAGACUCGGAGGAGUCCUCGGAGGAGGAGCUCAACGUGAUGGAAUUGCGGCCCAGGGGCAAGGAGCAGCAGCGGGGCAGCGCCCCCCGGGGCAGACCGGGGGACGUGGUGCUCCUGGAGAGGGAGCUCACCGAGGAGGACAGCCUCAACAAGCUGGCCCUGCAGUACGGCUGUAAGGUUGCAGAUAUCAAACGCGUCAACAACUUCAUCCGGGAGCAGGAUCUGUACGCGCUGAAGUCCAUCAAGAUCCCGGUGAGGCCCCACGGGCUGCUCACGGAGAGCGCCGGAGCCCUGCGGCCGCCCCCGGCAGGGCCCACCCAGCCCGGCCUGACGCGCGUGGAGCCACCAGAGCCCGACCCCAGUGCGGGCAGCUCCGCUGGCAGCCGGCGUCUCAGUGAGUACUUCAGGGGCAUCGACCAGAGCAUCCAGGACGCCGUGCAGGUGGAGGUGCAGCUGAACACGGAGUACGGCGGGGAGGGGCUGGAGAGGCCCCUGCCCGAGGCAGGGAAGCGGGACGCUGGGAACGGCGCGGACUGCGGAAUCCAGUGGUGGAACGCCGUGUUCAUUAUGCUCCUGAUAGGAAUCGUCCUGCCAGUGUUUUAUAUAAUCUAUUUUAAAACACAGGGCCUGGUGGCCCACUCCUCUAACAUGACAAACUCAAAUGUUUCAACGGCUGGAUAGGAAGGGAAAUUACCACAAGGCUCAGUCGUAGGAAAAAAAAACCUAAGGUGAAAGGGCAGCCCACUUCAGCCUCUCCAGCAGUGAUGCCCGUAUGCUCGUGACUGACUCAAGUGCACCCAAGGGGAUACGACAAUACAGAUUAUUUUUAUUUUUAUAAUUAGCUGAUGAUGUAAUCCUGAAUUUGACUGAAAAUGAGGUGAUGUGAUUAUGAUAGGAAAAAAAGGAUGCUUUGUUGCUUACAGAGAUCAUCACCCAGGUGGCUUCAGAGUUGGGAACUCCAUUGAGGGAAAGUAUUUUGUAGCAAUUUACUCGUUAUGGUUGCUUCAGGUUAUUCUUAAUGCCUUGUCUAGAAGCAAAUUCUUUGCUGCUGAGCUAGAGAGUGCAGUAUUAAUGUGGUUGGAAAGUUGGGGGUUGUUUGCAUUUUAAGGAAACACUUUUUGCCGGACUAGAAGUGGGGGACACUUUUUCUCAGAAGUGUCAUUUUUGUCUCUUGCAGACCAUGGUGGUUUUGGCCUGCUUGACCCUAAUGAUGCCUUCUGGGGCUCUAAGCUGGGUGUGCCAGGGCACGAUCAUGCUGCCAGCACCCCACCUUGUCACCCCCCUGAGCAAAUCUUUGAACUGUGUUCCAUUGGGAUGCCUCAGGCCCAACCCUGGGAAGAGCCCAGACCUCUUCCCCUCAGUGAAAUCCUUCCGAGAUCUCAGUGCAGGAUCUGUGCUGUUCCAGGGUGCUGCUCAGCCCUGCAUGGCCCUAGGUGGGCAAGGGGUGUUGGACGAGGACAGGAGAGCAUGAGAGAGGAGUCACAGGCACUUCUCAAGGGCUCAUUUGCUGGCAAGAGGUCUAGUCAGUAUUAUUUGCUAAAAAACUAAUAAUAGUCUAUAGUGGUGCUUCUGAGAGACCCAGGCUCAGUCAUGGAAUUAGUUCCUUGUGUGCAGUCUGAGUGGGAGUGAAGUGGGAGCUGGGUGCAGGUUGCAAGGUCCAGGACAGAAGUCCAAGAAGAAAGAAGGGUGAAGCCUUUCCGGGAGAGGACUGUGACACUGCUGAUUGUGACAGUUUCUGUGAACUGACCACAUGCACUGAAAAGCUUCACAGGGCAGUGGAGGUGUUGGUCAGCCCAGGGCUGUGCUCUUCAGGGCCACUCAGCAAACACUACCUGCUGCAAGGGAGCAGCAAGGGAGGCGUUGGGAGCUUUGCUAAACAGAAGAACUUCCCUCAGAAAUUUGAUUCAGGAAAUUCUGGGCCUGUGGGCAGAGGUAAAGGCUUUCCUGGAACCAACCACUACAUGUGUGGGCAGGUGAGGUUGUUGCUGAGGGUGAGGGCAGGGCUGGUGGGCAGGUGCAGGAAGCUGCUGUUCCUUGUCCCCACCUUGGCCCAGCCCCAUUUGCAGCUUCCCAGCUGCCAGCAGGAUCACGGAGCUUUUCCAGCUUCCCUUGGCAGCCUGAGGCUGGCUGGGGCAGAGCAGGGGCUGGAGAGGGGCUGUGGUACGAGCACCUGCUGUGCAGGUGUGGCCUCAGCCCAGCCUGAAGGACUGCCUCUGCCUGGCAGUGUCUGCCCAGACAGAGAGGAUUGACGCAUCUUCAGCAAGGUGAGGACCCCACACCACACAGGCACAACUGUGUGCUGCUACAAUGAGAACCUGUGUUCCCUACAACUCUCAAAAGUGGGAACCUAAUUUUAUAAAUGAACACUCCAAAGUAUCUUAUACUGAACAAAAUCUUGUAUUUUU